GCACAAAUUCGGUCGUCCCAGUCAGAGCCAGCAAUGUUGUCCGGUUGGUAGGGAAGCGCGAUUUUACGACAGUUGUCAUCGUCCUCGCCCACCCGAACGGGCCAAGAUAGAGCCAUUGUGUGCGCACCGGAUUUGGUUGGUAGCGGAUUUGGAUUUGCAGUGCGUCUCUGUGUAGGGUGUGAAAGCAAUGCGAUUCGGUGUAGAUUGUUCAGUGAUAAAGUGUAUUAAAGGUUGAUAAAAAAGUGCUUCAAAACCGCAAAUAGCAAGAGUCGAAACAUAACCGAAAAGUCCCAAGUCCAGGUCCUUCCCCCAACAGAAAGGCCACAAGGUGGUUGGCGGAAGCGGCUAAGGAUCGUUUGCGAACCAAAUUUAGGUUUUUGCCUCCUUUCUUAUCGCAGUCACGUAAAGCUUUUCGCCGGGGCGCGCGCGUCUGGGCAACCCGGCAACACGGCCCCGCAGGGGCUUCGUCGCGAUAUGAUUGUCCAUUAUUUGGACUGGCCUGCUCGCUCAGUUUCGGUCCGUCUGUGCUUAAUCUGCAUAAAAGCUUAAUGAAGGAAAAAAGCGACGCAGCUCGCUUCCAUUACCUCCGGCGGCUCCAGAAUUCCGGCCCCCAAGUUGGGCCAUCUGGGAAUGGGAAUAUUUAUUCGCCGAAGUGAAAACGAGAAGUGAAAAGCCAGUGGAAAAGUAACGCUACCGGUGGUGGGGAGAGGUGCUGGUGGUGGAGAAGUGGAGUAAAAGCACAUACACACACACGCGUACAGAAACAGGAAUCAACGAGAGAGAGAGAGAGAGAGAGAAAGAGCGAGAGGAAGUGUUAUCAUUUAGUUGAGCGCUGUGAAAAUUCCUUUCAGCAGAGCCGUCGGAAGUUGGCUGCGAAGGUACAUCGGUGGCGGGAACAGCAUUUCCGGAGAAUUACUUAAAGAGAAUCGGUCACGAGCAGGGAGGGCAUUUGCUGGACGUGGUGAACACAUCUGUUGGCAGUCCCGGUCGAUUGAUGUUAUUACAAAAUACAGCAACAAGGUGAAACGAGGUUCAGCGACUCUUCAGACAAACUCCGAAUCCGAAGGACUUCCAAGACAUCGACCCUGUACUGUGCGUGUGUGCGUCUGUGAGGCAAUGAGCGUGAGAAAUGUUAAACUACCCCCGAAAAAAGCUCGUGAACAAUCGUAACGUUGUGUGAAGUGGUCAUGAAAUUAAAUUAAGUAGUAUUUUAAGCGACUGAAGCACCGCGCGAACGAGAGACAAGAUGCUGCAGAGCGUAAACCGAUGGCCAGUGCGAGGCCCACCGGUCGGCCACGAGUGCCCAUUAGUGCUCGAGAAGAAAGGGUCCACCGUUGUCAAGGGUCGAAGGUGGUGGAGGCCACUUUACCGGUGAACGAGCACCGGUCGGCCCGGAAGGACGAACCCUUGACACGCCUCUCCAAACGCCUCUCCAAACGUCGCCCACAGCACCACAGCUCGAAACCCGCGUUGCUGAAUCUGGAAAGCGUAGCAAAAAAGAGGUGAAGGUGAAAAGGAAAAAUCGCUACCCAUUAGUCACAAUCGCUAGCGGAAGCGGAAGUAGCAGCGGAAGUCGCUGCGGAAGUGAAAUAUCCAGCGGAUCCAAAGGGUCGGCGAAAAAAAAACAAAGACCCGAAAGGAAAAGGAACACCCGCGUCGGCAUUAGACACACUCCACACUCACAAUUUCUGACAAAGGACACCGAAUGGGGCGCAGGCAAAUUAACGCAAACGGAACGCGGAAAACCUGACACCAUAGGAACUGGAAAUGGUGUGCAGUGCAGUGCGAAAAAGUGACAACAUUAGUGUGUGAAGGACGAGUGAAUAGCAAAAACAAAACCACAAGCGAAAGGUUAAAAACUCUCGAACCACAAACGAACGAACACAAACAAACGAACCACGAACAACCGCUGGGGGAGCAACAAUAACCAACAAAAAACACCUCCCGAGGGCGCAAAGGCGUCCAUCGUUUAUAAUACGCACACCAUUAUCAUCGCAACACAAAAUAGAAAGAAAGACAACUCAACCUCCCAGUUACCGGUGGUGAGGAGUUCGCGUUUGAGUGUCUGUGUCUGUGUGUGUGUGUGUGUGUGUGAGUGAAUCCGUGCCGAGAGACCUCAAACUCGAAAGUUUUGGGUGAUAAUUUUCGUGGCCCACCCACCAACCAACACCACCCGGUUGCAGCAGGAAACGAUUUGCCACCAUCAUGCUAAUGGCGCCUAUGAUGGCGCUAAGGGGCACCAGAUUGCGGGGCCGGCGUGGGCCGGGCGGCACAAGGAGAUGCGGUUGCGGUGGCCAGAGUAUGGUCGGCGGUGACUGCAAUCCGUUCAUUUCCACACCGUCGGCCGUAUUUUCGCGAACUUUGCUCGUUACCUUUCUGCUGAUGACGUUCAACGUGAACGUGUGCCAGGUGGUGCAGGCCGCGGCUAGUGCCAGUGCUAGUGCCAGUGCGAGUGCGAGUGCAGCCGCCGGAAUUGAGCGACGACCGAGCGGGGAUCUACAGCGGCCCGAUGGCCUGAAAAUGCAUCACUACGGAAUUACGUCAGCAGCGUCCUCGGCCUCGCUGCACCACGCCAACGGUGCUGGAACAUCAACGGCCGCGUCGUCCGCAGUGUCCGCAGCAGCCCUGCUCGCCGGGGGACUCUCGUCACCGUCGUCCUCGCUGACAGGACCGGCGGAAAAGCCCUACUUUGACGAUGUCAACUCGCGCAACGUAACGACCGUCGUGGACGACACGGCGAUUCUGAAAUGUCGCGUGAAACACAAAGGCGAUAGAACGGUGUCCUGGAUGCGCAAGCGGGACCUGCACAUAUUGACAUCGAACAUCUACACCUACACCGGCGAUCAGCGCUUCUCCGUAAUCCAUCCGCCCGACUCGGACGACUGGGAUCUGAAAAUUGAGUAUGCACAGCAGAAAGAUAGUGGAAUUUAUGAGUGUCAGGUGAACACCGAGCCGAAAAUAAAUCUCGCCGUUUAUCUCGACGUCACAGAUGAACGAGAGUUUGCCCAAGAUUUCUCCAAGUAUGGUCCAAACACUGGAGGAAAGCACUUUAUCGGUGCCAUUGGACUAGAUUUUCUCUCAACAGCCGCCCGUGCUAAGAUAAUCGGCUCCCAGGAGGUGCACGUCAAGAAGGGCAGCACCAUCUCGCUGUCGUGUGUUGUGAACGUCCAUGCAUCGUCCAUCUCGUGGUACCAUGGCGUAUCGAUCGUUGACUUUGACUCUGCCCGCGGUGGCAUCAGCCUGGAGACGGAGAAAACGGAAGGCGGCACCAGCAGUCGGCUAAUGCUCACCCGGGCCACGCUACGCGACUCGGGCAAUUACACCUGCGUCCCGACCGGAGCGAUAUCCGCCAGUGUACAGGUUCACGUUUUAAACGGCGAACAUCCGGCUGCAAUGCAGACGAGCAGUGGCGUGCCGUGUCCGACGCAUCAAGCACUUAUCCUUCUCUUUGUAUCAUUAAAUAGUUGUAACGUUAGCAAAUUAAUCUUCUUCAUAUCAAACCUGCUCGAAACGGUGCGUUUCCUGCUCACCACAACGAUCGCCAACUUCCUUGUCCACAUCCGUCGGCUAGCAGCUUCGUUCGGAGCACUGCGGCACUCUAAGGCAACCGGCUACGUACUACUGACACUGGCUUCGAUCGGCACCCAUCUCCGGAUUGCACUACCGGCGCGAAGUACAGCGCCCGAUCGGCUCCAGCCACCCAGCCAGGACUCGGUGCGCACCCAGUCGAGAUGAUCUUGUUCCCCGCCGCAGGAAAGCACGAGACACUCUUUUUAAUCGCCCGAGGACUUGAAGUCAUACGGGCAGGUCAACGAGACUAUAGCAGCGAGCGUCCUUUGAGCAUAUGUAAUCAAUGUGCACCCAACUCCACAACCAAGGCCCGUUUGCAAGUGAGACGACACCGGACAACGUACGGACCGGAACUGUAAAUGUAUAAAUGUUAAGUUUCUACUUCAUAAUAAUUAAACUAAUAUUUAAAUUCAAUGAUAAGCCCCACUGAGUGGUAGUGUGUGGCCAAUAGCAUUGGUAGUGGUACGCGGGGAACAUGAAGCCAGAGAGAGAAAGAGCGUGCAAGAGAGAAGGAAAGCGAGCUAGAUAUAGAAGUGAAGGAACACAACUACACUAUCUGGAUUAUGAUGUACUGGAUUCGGAGAAUCCUAGCGAGUAAGAUAAAUUAGGUAAGUUAGUCAAUAUUUUUCCGUUUCAUGUCUUGAAAUGGGUUGCAGGAGAAAGAGCGCAUUUAGUUCCCGGGAUGCGAUAAUUAAGACUUAAACCGAGUGACACGGAACGCGAAAGCGGUGUAAGAUAGUGAAAGCAUACACGAGUGAAAAAUGUAAAACCAGUAAUGAAACAAGCCCAGAUAAAUCCAGAUAAACUGUAAGAAUUUUAGUAAGAAACAGAGGCAAACAUUACGAACAAAGGCGAACAAACGAAAGAAACAAAAAAAAACUUACAAGAAACGAAACGAGUUUGUGAACAAAAGUAGCUAUAAUGCAAUGUGUGAAGUCGAUGAUUAAAUCAAACGUGUGGAAGGUGGAAAAUCCCCCCACAGACGAGCGUGUAAUUAUGCAGCAGAAUUUUCCCCCACUUUCCUCUUCAUUUUAGCAAAGAGUAACAGAAGAAAAAGAAAGGGAAAAGCGAGAGAAGAACAUGAAGGCUAAACUAGAUUCAAAUCGUAGGCAAUACAGGAAGUCGAAUAAUUAUUUCGAGCAAACUAAACACUUGCUAACGGUGGCUCAGCUCAUUUUGAACGGAACUCAAAUCACAACACACACCCAAGUUACAAACAGAAGCUCCCCCCCCCCUAGUUACUAAAGAAAAAACAAAAGAAAACAGGCAGAGGCAGAAAGCAAACUAACUGAGUAAAGCGGUUUUUGUUUUGACAUAUUUUAUCUCGUGAAGAAAGGGGGAGAACGUAAGUGCGAAAUGCAAGCAAAAUAAAUCAAAUAAUCUCUCUCUGUAUAAAUCAAAACCAAAAGCAAACCAAAAACGAAAAGAAACGGAAACAAAACAACACAAAUCUAACAAACCUACAACAAUCAUCAAACAUUGGAGUGGAACGAGUGCGUGUGAAGAUUCGCUGAAAGCAGCAGACAGCAAGACAAGAAAACCAUUAUCAUCAUCCGUUAAAUGGCAAACCCGGUUCAUGUGUGAGAUGGUUCAUAAACAUUGAAAAUAAACGACUAACGCGUAGGAGAACUUGAAA